GAGGGGACCAGCCCGCGGCCGCCGCCUCUGGCCGCCGCCAUCGCCGUCUCGGACUUCCGAACCAGCGUCGUCCUCAAUCACCUGGCUGAGAAGUGGUUCCCCGGCCAGCGCGAGCGGGCCCGAGCGGCCGGCCGUCUUGGGGAGCUGCUGCACCAGGGGCGCUACCGGGAGGCCCUGGCCGCCGCCUGCGAGGCGCUGCGAGCAGGUGACCGCGCGGGGAUGCGACGCGGGCUGGGCGACUCCACCCUCAUCUCCCGGACGGGCCGGGUACCCAGAGCUCCUCUGCGCCCCGAGAGGCACUUCUCCUUCCCGGGGAGCCAGUUGGCCCCCGAGCCCCGUGACCUGACUCUCAAAAUUUACAGAGCAGAAUCCUAUGCUGGUCUCCAGGAGUUUAAAGCAGCCAUAGAAGAUUUAAAUGCAGUUCUCUUUCAACUUCCAAAUUGGCCUGAGGUCUAUUUCAGGAAAGGAAAAGUACUUCAGGAUGCUGGCUUUUUAGGAGAUGCCUUACAACUCUUUCUUCAGUGCUUGGCCCUUGAUGAAGAUUUUGCACCUGCAAAGUUACAAGUAGAAAAGAUUUUAUGUGAUUUAUUAUCACCUGAAAACUUAAAAGAAGGCUUGAAGGAAUCUUCCUGGAAUUCGUUACCAUGUAUUAAAAACAAACCUUUAGGUUUUCCUUCUGUAAUGGAAGAAUCUCACACUCCCAGUGAGCUUAACCUGAAGCAGACUGAAGAACUACCAGAGGAUACUUCAGAACCUGUCAGAGGAAGUUUAAACCGUGCUCAGUCAGCACAGGCUAUCAAUUCAAAAGAUAUGCCUGCCAGAGAUGAUUGUUUAAAAAGGGUAUCCUCAGAACCUUUACUCUCUGUUCAGGAAAAAGGUGUUCUGCUAAAAAGAAAGCUGUCUCUCUUAGAACAAGAUGUGGUUGUAAGUGAAGAUGGAAGAAAUAAGCUUAAAAAACAAGGAGAAACGCCUAGUGAAGUCUGUAUGUUUUCAUUAGAUUAUGGCGACAUCCCAGAAGAAUUAAUAGAUGUCUCAGAUUUUGAGUGUUCUCUCUGCAUGAGGUUGUUUUUUGAGCCAGUAACAACCCCUUGUGGACAUUCAUUCUGUAAGAAUUGUCUUGAGCGCUGUUUAGAUCAUGCACCAUAUUGUCCCCUUUGCAAAGAAAGCUUAAAAGAGUAUCUAGCAGAUAGGAGGUACUGUGUCACACAGCUGUUGGAAGAAUUAAUAGUGAAGUAUCUGCCUGAUGAACUGUCUGAGAGAAAAAAAAUAUAUGAUGAAGAAACUGCUGAACUCUCACACUUGACCAAGAAUGUUCCAAUAUUUGUUUGCACUAUGGCCUACCCCACUGUGCCUUGUCCUCUUCAUGUGUUUGAGCCAAGAUACAGACUGAUGAUUCGAAGAAGUAUACAGACUGGAACCAAGCAGUUUGGGAUGUGUGUCAGUGACACACAAAAUAGUUUUGCAGAUUAUGGUUGUAUGUUACAAAUUAGAAAUGUACAUUUCUUACCUGAUGGAAGGUCUGUGGUUGAUACAGUUGGAGGAAAGCGGUUUAGGGUUCUAAAAAGAGGAAUGAAAGAUGGAUAUUGCACUGCAGACAUUGAAUACCUGGAAGAUGUUAAGGUUGAAAAUGAAGAUGAGAUCAAGAGUCUCAGAGAGCUUCAUGAUUUGGUAUACUCUCAAGCCUGCAGCUGGUUUCAGAAUUUAAGAGAUAGAUUUCGAAGCCAGAUUCUUCAGCACUUUGGAUCAAUGCCUGAGAGGGAGGAAAACCUUCAGGCAACCCCUAAUGGACCUGCAUGGUGUUGGUGGCUUCUUGCAGUUCUUCCUGUAGAUCCUCGAUAUCAGUUGUCAGUCUUGUCAAUGAAGUCUUUGGAAGAACGGCUGACAAAGAUACAGCAUAUACUGACCUAUUUUUCUAGAGACCAAUCUAAAUAACUAACUGCUUGGAUCUUACUUUAACAUAAUCCUAAUCUGGCUGUGUGAACAGCUAGAUUGUCCGCUGCCUUUGCACAUCCAGUGCUGGUCUAAGAAAUGUAAUGAAACUUUUUUUUUCCUUCAACCUCCUGAAUCGUGGAUUUUCAAAUGAAUACCUUCAACUAGGAUUUAGACCACUAAGAACUUGCACAGAAAAACACGCACUGAAUGUGUGUUAAACCUCUACAUUGUGAUGAAGUUGCACUAUGUACCAUAUUCUAAAAUGAAUUAAGAACUCAGUGUAUGUAUGUAGUAUGUAUGUGUGUGUGUGUGAGUGGGUGCGCCUGUGUGAGCAGUAUGUGUGUAUUUUCUCUGGCUUUAAAAUUUUAAAAGAAAAAAAAAAGCCAUAGAGAGCAGAAUUUGCCGAGGGUCAUUUAUUGCCCAAGUUUACAACAAUAGCGAUAGAAGUUUUUGCAAAUGGAAUUUGCCUCAGAUUUAUUUGUCCUAAUGCUUAUAUUUGCACAAGUAUGUAAAAUAUGGUACUGAGUAUCAUUCUUUGUUGGAAAUACUGCUCUUACUGAACUGUCUUGACCAGUAACUAUGACACAGUUUCUUUCUUAUUUAUGUAAAUAACUUGCAUCCCAGUGACCGACAGGCAUUGGAUGCAGAACCUAGAGCCAGUUUUCAGGAACAAUUGCAAAUCUGACAUGGUACUGUGCAUCUAUUCAUAAAAUACUUAAAACUGUGAAAAUAUGGUUUACAUUUAAUUGUACAUAAAGGUAAAUGGAGAACUCAAUUCAGUACCAGUUAGUUUGUACAUUUUAGGGGGCUUUUCACAUUAACUGCCCAUGUAUGUAAUUUAUAGUUUGACAUGAUGUGUUUGUUUAAAAAGUUACGUAGUAUAAACCCAUUAAGGAUCUGAGGAGAGAGAAGAAGCUUAAUGUAGAACUAAGCUUUUAAAAGUUUGUUUUGUUUUUAAUUCUGGUCUUGGUGCGAAUGUUAGUUAUGCCUUAUUCAUACCACAGUUAGGUCACCAUGCUGUGACAUGGUUUCUAUUCAUGCUGCCCUAGAUACUUUUGUAAUUAUUUGUUGCAAACUUGUGACUGUCCCUAUUAACUUUCUUUUAUGUAAGUAAUUUGUAAAAGUUUCUUAAAAUUUUUGCUUUUGCUUAUUUAAUUUUGAAUAAAAGCUUAAUUCAUAAUA